CUGCUGUGCAAUUUUACAAUUUAAUUUAAUCACUGUGGAUAGAAACAUGGAAAACGAAAACGUUAAGCAAAUACUGACGCAAAUAAAAGAUCAGUGUUUACUCAAAGGAGUUGGUGGAAUAAAAGGGCUUGCAGUUCUUUUUCGCAGAAUGGACGAAGAUUUUUCAAAACGUCUGUGUUUCAUUGAGUUUUGUCAAGGGUUACAAACUUACGACCUUCAUGUAGAAGAAAAAGAUAUAAAUCUUUUGUUUCAGGUCUUUGAUAGGAAUAAAAGUAAUGAAAUUGACUUCAUGGAAUUCAUAUCAAAACUUCAACCGGCCAUGUCACCCAAUCGUGUUGAAGUAGUCAAUCAGGCGUUUGGACUACUUGACGUAAAUAACGAUGGUGUCUUGAAAAUGGAAGAUCUAAAAGUUGUUUAUUCAAGAAACGCAAAAAAGCAUCCAAAGUUUGUUUCUGGAGAAUGGACAGAAGAACAGGUACUACAGCACUUCUUAAAUAGUAUAGAUACUCCUGGUAAUCCAGAUGGCAAGGUUACACGUGAGGAGUUCAUGAACUACUAUGCCGGAGUUAGUUCAACAGUAGAUGAUGAUAGCUACUUCGAUCUCAUGAUGCGAGCAUGUUAUGGCCUACCGAAUAGGGGUACAUAAGGGGAGUAAAUUAAAGGCAUCAUAUUAAAAAACGGAAUUUUAUGUCAUUAUUUUUCUUUGUAAUUGAUUUGAAUUUGUUAAAUAUACCAACCAACGAGCUUUGAAUAUUUGUAUGCAUAAUGUGUUUGUAAAAAUCUUAUAUACAUUGAAUACAAUACAAAGAACAUGGAUAAUUGUGUAGGAUGGUUUUUUUUGGCUUGCUUUUUAUGCUUCUAUUAUGAAGUGUUUCCUGUUUGUUUAAUUAUCAUUUCUUCUCAUAAUUGUGUUGUACUUUAAUG